UAUAGAGUUUCAAUUUUCAUCCUCCCUCGGUCCCUCCAAAGUCGCUAUCCUAGUUUCUCUUUCUAGUUUCGGCGCAAACCUUCAAAAUUCUCAGGUGAGUUGAUUCAUUCUCUUACUGCAACACCGAACUUUACUAUCAAUCAAUCACCCUUUAAAUACCCAACCAUACUAUGAAUCUAUCACCCUUAAUCUGCAACACCCAACAAUUGCAGUUCAAUUUAUGCUCCAAUUUCUGAGCCAUACUAAUUCAAUUUUAGCUGCACUUCUUAUGUUUGCUGAGUGGUUAGCUGGUUUGGUAAUUGUUAAAAGCUGUUCAUUGAGCUUCAUCAACUGUAAAUAGUCGCGGUUGCUGGUUGUGGUGAUUACAUUUACAAUUUCGGAUUCUCUUUUGAAGAUGUAAUGCUUGCAAUAUAAGCAAAAUUAAGCGCAGGGAUUUCAGUAUUGAUGUAAGCAUGGAGGCUGACAGGUACCUCUAUUUUAAUACGUUAAAUCUGCCAGACACAUCACUUGUUACCAUAGACUUAUUGGGGCAUCAAUUGCAAUUUUCUCAGGAUCCAAAUUCCAAUCAUUUAGGAACUACUGUAUGGGAUGCAUCAAUGGUCUUUGCCAAGUAUCUGGAAAGGAAUAGCAGGAAAGGGAGAUUUUGCCUUUCUAAACUCAAAGGGAAGCGAGUCAUUGAACUUGGGGCAGGUUGUGGAGUAGCUAGCUUUGGGAUGGCAAUGUUAGGAUGUGAAGUGGUCACGACUGACCAAAAAGAAGUUCUACCGCUGCUACAACGAAAUGUUGAACGUAAUAUUUCAAGGAUCAUGCAGGCAAAUGCUAAUUCAGAUUCAUUUGGCUCUAUCAAGGUUGUGGAACUGGAUUGGGGAAAUAAGGAUCAUAUACAAGCUGUUGAUCCUCCAUAUGAUUUCGUGAUUGGCACUGAUGUGGUUUAUGCAGAACAUCUCCUUGAUCCACUGCUACAAACUAUAUGUGCUUUGUCCGGACCACGCACCACCACUGUGUUGGGCUAUGAGAUACGUUCAACGAGUGUCCACGAACAGAUGCUUCAAAUGUGGAAAAGCAACUUUGAUGUCAAAACUGUUCCAAGAACCAAGAUGGACAUAAAGUACCAGCAUCCAAGCAUUCAGCUUUACCUAAUGGAACCAAAAUGUUCCGGAAAUGGUUUGGCAGCAGACCAUAUAAAAAACCAGGCUUCCGAAUCUGUGGAGAGAGGAUGUAGCCAGACCAGGGAUGGAACAACCAGUAGGGUAGAUGAAGUUGAGAGUGAGAAAGAUAACAGAGGUUGCUCGAGCGCUACAGGACUGACAAAUCAAGAGCUUACUGACUGGGAAGUCCGAAGAUGUGGGGCCAUGGCUGCUCGGCUUCUUCGUGAUGUCAAAAUUAACUAGAAGUUCCAUGCCUUGUACACUUCAGUCGUUACUAUUGUAGAUGGAGCUUCUGUGUUUCUUUAACUCCAUGAACCAAAGAACAGAAUAUAAUUAUUUAGUGUCAUCUGUUGAGCACACAAAUGGAACUCAUAUGUUGUCUCUGCUAUGAAAAUCAAUCUCAUGUCAUUGAUAAGAUUAACCAUUAUCAAUGUCGAGACACAGAUUGAUUGAGUUUGUAAUCUUGGGUGUAUUGACUACAGUAGUCCAGAGUUAUUUGGUCAAGUUUAUGUUUGACCUGUUUAGUGUUGGAGUGGAUUCAUAAAAUUUCUGCA